AUGGAGAACAACUUCCUUUUCAGCCACCUAGAAGAUGAUUCCAGCGCCCAGAUCUUGGGGGCGCUUAAUGAGAAGCCAAUCCCGGCAAAAGACAUUAAGGUUAUCAGUCAAGGCGACGCAGGCGACUUUUUCUACAUUGUCGAAAAGGGCUCUUUUGACUUUUACGUCAACAGCAGCGGUGCUCUGCAACCUGGUCCAGAGGGCAUGGGCCAGAAGGUUGGCUCGAUCCAAGCCGGAGGCUCCUUCGGUGAACUGGCUCUCAUGUACAAUGCCCCACGAGCGGCGACAGUCAUCUCGGCCGAGGCGGGAUGCGUACUGUGGGCCCUCGAUCGCCUGACCUUCCGUCGGAUUCUCAUGGAGUCCACCUUUUCAAGGAGGCGCAUGUACGAGAGCUUCCUUGAAGAAGUACCUCUUCUUUCGAGCCUCACACCAUAUGAGCGAUCCAAGAUUGCCGACGCGCUCGAGACUCGAAAGUUUGGACCCGGAGAAACCAUCAUCAAGGAAGGUGAUCCCGGCAAUGCGUUCUACCUUUUGGAAUCGGGCGAAGCAGACGCAUACAAGACAGAUAUUGAGGGCUCGGUGAAGCACUACAGCAAGGGAGACUUUUUUCGGCGAGCUGGCGCUGAUGAACGAUGCCCCGCGUGCUGCUAG